AUGAUUGCAAUGGCUGGGCUACGGACACCAGCGCUCUACGGGCUCUGUGUUCUGUGGCUCUUCCAGGCCACUGCAGACAGCGAUCCCUGUGCCGGGCAGGAGUGGGAGCAGGUGAGGCAACUACUGUGGGUCGUGGCCGGUGAUGGCCGCGACGGGCACGGAAGGCUCCGGUCUCUGAAGGACUCGGAGCCACUGCCGCCGAUGCGACCCUCCGCCUGCGUGCACGGUGCGGUUUGUCUACAUCUUCUCCACAUGCUGCGAACGGAGCGCCAGGAGCGCAUCCGCGAGCUCUCGGGGAUUGGUGGCGAGGUCGUGACUGUGCUUAUGGACAGUGCCUUUUCCAAGAUCGGAGCCGGCCGCUGGCCACUCUUCGCACUUCUGCACCUUGCACAGGUUCAGCUGGAAGGGGAGGAGGCACUCUCAUCAGAUGGAGCUGAUCAGCGACGCUGGCAGCCUCUCGUGACCGAUGACCAUGUCCGCUUUCGCAACUGGGUUCAUGGUCACCUGGUACAUGGCCAGACGCCGCCCUUGGUGGACUCGGUGCACUUCCUGGCCCGUGCAGACCCUCGGGAGCCAGCGCAGCCUAGCAGCCUGUGCUCUGCGGCGAAAGCCGUCGGUUACCUGGCAUCUGCUUUGGUCUUGGCUCAAGAGAAGGACGAGCAGAUCCGAAAAGAGGCCGAGCAUCUUGUCGUUUCUGCCGAAGGCCACAUCAAGCACUGCGAGAACGUGGAGCCUGAGAGCUUCAGCCUUCUCCCGCUGCUCCGAACAGAGUGGCCCAUCUGGUGGCUUGUGCAUUCUGUCUUGUCGCACCUCUUCCCUUGGCAGGCUACCGUGCGACCUGCUGCUGCGCCCAGCCCUCCGCUCGGGUUGGAGACGUCACCGAAGGUGCAGGCACCAGUUCAGGACGUGCGACAGCCGCAGCCAGGACCAGCGCAGAUGUCCGCAAGUCCCAGAGAAACGCCGCAGUGCACGGGCCUUGAGAAUCGGCCGCCGAGCCUAUGCUCACUUCCGAAGGCCGUGUUUGUGCAGUACGAUGGGGCUGUGUACCUCGUGGACACCCCACAGCUCGAGAAGCAAGGCAUGCCCGGCGCAUCGUUGAUGCAGCUCUUCAGGGAUGGCCGCCCGCUUCGACGUCGAGCAGCUGCUGCAGCUCUUUGUGAGGACGGACUGGGACGGCGGCAGAAUGAGGAGGCUCCUGGCUUUUCGGAGUCCCGGAUCUUCGGCCGGAGGCUCCUGGCGGUGCAGGAUCCCGAUCUGCAAGGCGCAGCAUAUUCGGCCAGUUGGGCGCCACCGACUGUGGGCCUCUACGUGGAGGAAACAUCUGCGAGCGAUCCCUACAAUGCCGAGUGGCUUCAAGCCUACAUCACUGCUUUUGGGAGGUUGGGCUUGGAGCCUCACGUCAUCUCCAACAGCGAGGAAGCCCAAGCAGGAGUUCUCUACUUCUGGCGAAUCAACCAGAUGUUUGGAGGUGGCAGGCUUGCGGGUGCUCCGGGCGUGGGCCUCGCCGUGGCGCAGCACCUUGGAGCCCUCACAACACGGGGUGCAGCACCCUGGCCACGCCCGGAGACAAUGCAGCUUUACCAGGACAAGAUCGCCCUUCGGGAGCUCUUUGCAAGGGUCGGUGUGCCAGCUCCCAAGAGCUGGGUUGUGGCCACCGUGGCGGACCUGGAGAACCUCCUGAAGGAGGGCCAGCUGAAGGACGCAGACUUCCCACUUGUCCUGAAGCAUCCCUACGCCGCAUCUAGCCGUGGCAUGAGGUCGUGUGCUUCGAUGGCCGAGGCAAGGCAGGUGCUGGCGCAGUGGCUGCAGGAACACCAAGUGCCUUGCCUGCUCCAGCGGCGGCUGGCAAUCUCCCGCGACAUGCGCGUAACCUACGUCGGUGGCGAAAUCAUUCAAGGCUACUGGCGGGUGAAGGCGGAUUCCGGAGACCUGAGCAGUGGCUCAGCGGCCGGCUCUCGCCUGGACUUCGCCAUCCCGCGGGAAGCGAUUGCGCCUUUCGUCAGAAGCUUCGCGGAAGCGACAGGCGGGCAAGCAGCUAAGACUUUCUUGGCAGAUGUUUGUUUGACUGAAGAUAUGUCAGGGCAAAACGGAGAGGGGUAA